AAAACAAGGAUUGCUGUGGUAUCUGGCAUCAAGUACAAAAAGGUGCAUUUUUUGCACUUGUCAAAGUCGCUCAGAUACUAACACUUUCCCAGCUUUAAUGUUUUGAACACAAAGAGAGACAUACAUUUAAUGCCAUUCUAUUGGACAUUUAGUUUGCUAUUAGUGAGAUUUAAAAAUAAAAUACAAAAAACUUCUAAAAUAAAAUAAAUGCGUGUUGGAAGGAUCUGGCAACCGCGGCUUGUGGGCGUGGUUAUUCGCUAACGUGGUUAGUCCACCGCGCCCUUGUUUUCAUUGCAAGUUGUAUUUGCCUUGUCUGUGUAGUUAUGGUAACGUUACAGUUUGUAAACAAAACUUUUUGUUUAAUUUAAUGCAACUGGUUUUGUUUGUAUGUCAAAGAAUUUUUUUUCCUAGUCUUUUGGACCUUCUUGGCUACAACAAACAGCUAGCAUGGAUGUUGGAUCACAGUGUUUCCUGGCCAGCAUCCUGUUACAAGCAUUUGCAGUUCUCCCGAGCUGCCUGUGUGUUUCGGUUCGUUUCCCGAGCCAGCAGACCGUGUACGUGGUGAUCGGUCAGAAUUUGGUCCUGCAGGCUGAGUUCGAGUUGCCCCAGGAAGAUCACGUCACCAAAGUUACCUGGAAGCGGGAAGAAGAGGGAAAAAGUAAUUCUGGGAAAUCCAUAACCACGUUGGCUGAAUAUCCUGCUAGAAGCUCCGGAGGCCGGGUGACUUUAGACCGGGGCGGGUCUGUGAUGACAUUAUGGAAUUACCAGACAUCGGAUGACGGCGUGUACACCGUCACUGUCUGGGACCAGAAAGGAGGUCAAAGUUCAGCACGAUGCACUGUCCAUGAAUACGAGGCAGUGCACCACGUGUCAGUCAUGGUGAACGUGUCAAACUUCAGCCUGCACUGUAUGGAGACCUGGGGGACGGAGCCCGUCUUCCGUUGGCUCCAUGAGAAAGUGGCAGUAACUGAGGCUGUGGGCCGUGUGUCAGCUGAUGGAACCUCGCUGUACCUGAACACAGCACCAUGUGGCCACUUCACCUGCAUGGUGAGCAACAAGCUGGGCCACAGUUCAGCCACCUACACUGCAGUUCCCUGUGAGAGAGAAGCCAGAGGCACAGCUUUAGCUAUCGUAUGUCUCGUGAUCUUGCUGCUCUUGGUGGGAGGUCUGGCUUUUCUGCUCUGGAGGAAACGAUUUGGGUACAGCAACAGAAGAGAGAGACUUCGAGAACCAGAUGAGGACUUGUAGACUGCACUCCUUGUGUCGGACUGAACCAAACACGGAGGACACGUGAACUCGGAGUACGAGGGUUCGUUCGUCUCUUCGACAAGCAUUCGGACCGUUAGGAGAAGUUUCAAACGUGCUACCGGGGUUUCAGUGACUUUUAACCACAGUCGGAUAAGUGAACAGAUGUGGAGUGAAGAUUUCUGUUUUGUUUUGUUUUUUUAAAGAAAAAAAAAAAGCUGACGGUUGUGAAACUGUCGGAAGCUUAAAAAAAAAAGGGGGGGAACAUUAUAUAUAUUUUUUGUUUUGUUUUACUUAUCACCAGAUCUCAUCACGUUAACUCCAAGUAUGUUGUGUAACACGUCUAAGAGCGAACACAGACCGACACACAAGAAUAUUGCUGAAAGCUUCUCCAUUAAAACAGGAUGUACUUGUUGUUUUAAAGUCGCGUAAACAUAUAUCGUGUCACAAGACAACGGUUCCCAAAUGUUUUACAGCCAGGAAACCUUUUAGAGACCAAAUAAAUCAACAAAAAGCCACAUAAAUACAGUGUGCGUGUAUAAAUAUAUAUCAAAAAUAAAAUAUUUAUUAUGCAAUUUCACUUAUUUUAAAUACUGAAAGUUUCUUUUAUAUAAGCCAUUUAGACGAUUGUACUUUUUACACCAAAUAUUCUCAUGUUAUAUAAAUGACAUAUAUGAUUUUCUUCGAUAUGAUUUUCUUUGUAUUAUUAACGAACAGCGCAAAAUGGGAUAUUUUAUAUCGUAUAGAAAUGUUAUAUAUAGACUGAAAUAGAAUAAAAGUUUAAAUUGUCUUAAAUUA